GCUGUCACCUCUUUAUCUUCAUCCCGCUGGCUCUCACUAGUGUCUGGCUGUUUAAUAACAGCUCUUCUUCCGGGACUUCCUGGUCACCGUGGCCAAUCAGAGUGCUGUUCCCGUCCUUUCCAUUGUCAGCCCGCAGCCGGUCGGCACGCUUCUACCAACGCCCCUUAAAGGCGCCGCCAAUGCCGCAGGACCGGUGGUUCCUGCCCCCGUUGCAGUAUGGAGUCGUCCCUGGGGCGGCCUGGGCCCGAGGCAGACCUUCUGCCUCUGGGGGGACAGCAAGCCGCGAUCUUUGGCGGCGGGCCGGGCGGAGCGCCCUCUGAACCGCCCUCAGGCUUCCGGGUGUCGGGGGAGGAAGAGGCCGAGAACGUUGGAGGCUCGAGCCGCCACCCCAGGGCGUCCCCGAAGACUUUGAGCUGCAGCGUCGUCCAAGGGCCGGAACCGGAGGCUCCGGAGAACGAUCCCGGCCGCGCAGUGACGCCGUGUGCACCAGUGAGCCGCCGGGGGGCGCCAGGUCCCGAGCACGACCUGCACGGGUCUUCCCUACGCAAGGACCCUGAGCCGCCCGAGGACAAGCCUGCAUCCGAAAGGGUCUGCCGUCGAGGGAGCCCGGGAGGCGGCGGGAUGGAUUUUGAGCAGGAAGAGGAGGAUGACGAGGGGGCGGCCGGCAGGGCUGGCAGAUCCUUCUCCAGCCGCCUUCAGGACAGCCGCAGCCUGGACGGGCUGAGCGGGGCGUGCGGCGGCUCCGGGUCCGCAGUGGGAGCAGAGUCUGGCUUGGGCGGCGGGCGUCGAGCCACCAUCUCCAGCCCCUUGGAGCUUGAGGGCACAGUGAGCCGCCACGGCGAUCUCACCCACUUUGUCGCCAACAACCUGCAACUUAAGAUCCGUCUGAGCGGUACCUCUCAAGCCCCGCCCCCUGCUCCGCCUUGUUCAGCACCCUCAUCCAUUCCAGCCAUUCCCCCCAUCGACCCCGAUGUGCUGCGAGACCUGGAGCGGCUGAGUCGAGAGCUGGGUGGCAGGGUAGACCGUUUGCUUCGCGGGCUGGGUGGCGCGGUGCAGGAGCUGACAGCACUGAGCGUAGGCUGCAUCCAGACCUACCGCGAUGCCGUGGACUCUCUAGGCGAAGCCGUGGACAUGAGCAUCAAGGGGAUGUACACCCUGCUGGCGCGCUGCGAGGAGCUGGAGAGGGCUCUGCAGCCGGUGCAGGGGCUGGCGCGCCAAGUACGGGAUAUCCGACGCACCCUGGAGGUGUUGGAGGCUCUGUGCAAGUGACUAUGAGGACAAGAGAGCCCAGGCCAGGGCCCAGGAGGAUCCUAAGGACUCUUCAAGGAGCUCUGGUGGGGAGACCAAAUACUGGAGGCUCUUUCAGAUAAAUUUAGUAGGCCAGCGUCCAUUCGCUGGGCCUUAUGCAGGUGUAUAUGGGAAAGUUCUAAAGCCUUUCCUGAUGGGAGGGGAUAAUGUUCAGCUCCUAUUCAGUUGGCCAUCUGUUACUACCUUGUUCUCCCCUAGCUAGAGCACCGUAUCUGGGAACCCAGGGCUUCAGGUCUGUGCUUGGGAGUAAUGACUGCCAUAUGUGAUCAAGAAAGGAGAAACAGUUGCCCCAGCCUCCACUGUGGCUACUCUGACUCCAGUGGCCACAUCUAGGUUCCAGGGGCUAUGGGAGCUUGAGUGGUCCUUGGCCACAAACCAUGCAGACAAGAAUUCACACCUGCAGAUGGAAAACCUCCUGCUUCUACCCACUGGCCCCCCACCAUCCCAUUUCAACCAGAACCAGGGUGAAGCUAGAAAGAAUGCAUUGCAUGGUAGAGGGGGUGAGUUGGGAUGGGUCUCACUGUUUUCAGGGUUCAAUAGAAUUGCCCCUGGGUGUGAAGCCCACCUGUUGUGGAGUGUUCUGAUUAGUUCUGGCUUUCUGAAUUUUUGUGGAAUUAAAGUGCUGCUGCUGCUAAGGCUGA